UGGAAAUGAUGUGGUUGUACUUUGAAUACGGCUCCAUCAUCAGUGCCAUCUUCACACUUCCAUUUUGAAUGUUCGGAUAGUCUUAUACAAACACAUGUGAUCCUUCUUCAACUGAGUUCAACCAAUUGUGAACUGAAGGUGUCUUGACAUGACUCUAAUUCAGUCUAAAAGCUGUGUCGGAGUAGGAAAUACAUCUUAACCUCUUUUAUCAUCCUCGAACCUCUUCCCUAAGUUAAUGCUGCUGGAACUGACACACUUGUGUUAAACAAUGUUAUUGUAAUAUGAUUCGUUAUUGGAAAUACCUCCGGAGGCAUUGCGCAGUAACGCGACUACCGUCAACUGCUGAAAGCUUCUAUCCUCGCCGCUCAACGCAUGGCACCUGGACGUAUCGUGCAGGUAGCGCUCCAAAAUACCAACCGACAGCGAAUAAACACCAUUCUCCAGUACAAACACGAUACUUGAGGUUUCGGAUUGCUUCUCCAACAUCAGUGAUCAUCAUUACAGUGCGUUCAUACAUAUACAUAUACCAGUAUCUCCAUCGCAUCAGGAGUUAGCAAUGAUUUUCUAAUGAUCGCAGGAUAACAUUCUGAUCUAUUGAAUCUUAUAGAAACCAGACUAUGAUUAUUAUGUACAUUAUUGGAGAAUGACUUAGUCAUAGGAAUAUCAUCGGAUUUCGUACCAAGGAUUACCAUAACGUUGACAAGAAACAUGGCUCAAUCAUUCUCCAAUUCCACAUCCAGGUUUCGUAUCAAGGUAACCAGUUGGUCUUCGAGCAGCAGCACGUCGACUAGCCAAAAGACUACUAAUCUGACUGGUGGUGGUAGUAGCACCCAGGUCCUGAGCUGUACCUCUAGCUCUACUGCAGUCUUAGAGGAGACGGAGGAAAAAGGGUCAAAGUCAAAAGAAUCAGGGUCAAGGUCGAAAGAAUUAGGGUCAAGGUCAAAAGACUCGAAGUCAAAGUCAAAAGAAUCGGCAGCGAAGUCAAAGGAGAAAGGUUCCACAACAUCAUCGCUCAAAGAAUGGAGACAUAACAUAAGUUGCCGGCUCAGUCCAAAACAAACGAGCAAGGGUUUCUUUUUGUCCACUUCGAAGUCAAAGUCGAAAAAUAUGAGCCAUCUGAAAGUGAGAAGUUCACCAGAGCUGUGUCCAGGGAGGAAACGUGGGAGUGCUGAAUCAGCUGAGGGAACUCUUUCAGGAUCGUCGUCAGCAAGCAUGUCGAAAACAUCAAAAGAUAGUGUCUGUGAUGAUGUGGAGAAACUAACGAUUACUGGAGCAACGCAAUAUAAUAACAAUAUUCGUGGUGGCCAUAUUCAUAGUCUUAGUGCGGAGGGGAUUUCCUCAGUUGCGCUUACUCCUGAUAGUGGGGGAAGUGGCACAAGUCCAAGCGACCAUGGCCAGCUUCGUGUCCACUUCACAUUCGAUUCUGGUUCUGAAAGUGACCAUGAGGGGGAGUCAAGAUCAAAACCUAAACGUUCCUCAAUGCCGAGCCAUUCACAAAGUAUGAUUGUGUCUAAGAAGCAUAGGUUUACAAAAAUCUUGCGGCCGUUGAGACGGAGUCAUAGCGCAGGGUGUACGAAGGAUGUACCACCUCAUGCCCUGUUUCUAAGACAUGACAUUGAACAUGAGACAAAACAAAGGAAACAGAGUGAACAGAGGGAAAAGAGAGAAAGUGUGGUAACAAGUCCAAUCGAGAAAUUAUCGCCCGGAGGCUCUGAUGAUGAGAGAAGAGAAACACACCAGCAGCAUACGGCAUCAGGGUCCAAAAAACGACGCAAUUUAGGGAAGGAGAUGAAGCAAAAGUUGCGUUUUCUACGGAGACGACACACAGACACCGCGCUGGGCGCGAAGGCCGCAAAGCUCAAAGAGGGUGAGAAAUCCAAACCUUGCCUCCAGGAUAUCCUCGACUGGAGUAAAGGGUUUGAUAACCUGCUUCACCACAAAUAUGGGUUGAACUUGUUCCGUGAGUUCUUACGAACAGAAUUCAGUGAAGAGAACAUAGAGUUCUGGAUCGUGUGCGAGGAAUAUAGUUCGUUAAAACCAUCGAAAAUGAGCGAGAGGGCCCAGGAGAUAUACAAUGAUUUUGUAGCUGUCCAGGCCCCAAGAGAGGUCAAUCUCGAUUCCAAGACUCGUGAGAUAACAGGAGACAAUAUAGAUAAACCCAAUAAACAUACAUUUGAACAAGCUCAAAAAAAAGUACAGGCUCUGAUGGAAAAGGAUAGUUAUCCCCGGUUCCUUCGGUCGGACGUAUAUAUGCAACUGUUGGCGGAACAUGGGUCUUGAGGGAAGGAAGCACCCAAUGCCUCGUAGGAUACUCGUGUGUACAUAGAGAAGGUGCGACGUCACAAUUAGGGGACGUAUAGACGUGAAAUUGUGGGAACGUAACGUGUGAAAAUCAUAUGAAAAUCAUGUGAAAAUAUAUCAAUUUGAGAUGAUGUACACGUUGUCAAGUCACAGAGUAAACAUUAUGUGAAAUAAGAUUUAAUUUGGAAUAUGUGCGUUUAAUCUGGAUCCAGUUUAAAGUGAAAAGAUGUUGCAGAUUGACAAAGACUAGAGAGAUGUUUCUGUCCAUGUCAUUGUGGAUUUUUAUGAUUUUCUGUUCUGUGCAGAUGUGAAUGGCAAUUUUAAAAAUAUUACUGAAUACUGUAGAGAUUCUCUUGUCACUGCUUACACGUGUAAUGCACUGAAUGUUGCCUUCUGGAACACUGUGUGGUGUUCGCUGUACACUUAUCAAAUCAUUGACCAUUGAUGGAAACAAUUACUCGGAAUAUAAAUCCAGUACCGGUAACAUUUUUGGUCACAUGAUGUAUUACCAUGACGAAUAUGGGUCACAAAAUUGACUAGAACUCAGGGCUGUGCCUAGGACUUGACAGGGUCAAGGUCAUUUCAAAAGUAGGUCAAGAUGACUGGGAAUUAGCUCAAGAGGAACAUUAACUACUCAUGGCUAGAACUGUUUCUUGGUUCUUGUAUGAUGAAUCGAACCCAGGGUGUAGGAUAUUUUGAACAAGAAUUAAAGGAUGAAUGAAAAUUAUGGUUUUGUAAUGAUGUGUUCUAGGAAUGAUUAUGAAGCAUUUGAGUCUAGCUGCAUUGUGUAUCAUCAUCCGUCGUAAAUGGACUCGCCAUAGCUAUACUUCUUCAAACAUGUCAGACAUUAAUAGAGUGAAUGUCGACGCCGGGAGACUAUUUUGAUGUGAUCUAUCUGUGUAGUGGCCUUUUCAGAACAGUGGCUAUUUUGAGAGAAAAUAUGUACUAGUAUGAACAAUGAUGAAAGAUGAAUGAAUUUGAUAAUCAUUAUCAAAAAGCACUGUCACCCUGGUUUUAUCCAAGAACUGGUUUUCGAGGCAGAACGAACAGAAACUCUGCACUAACCAGAGGAGGAUAUCAAACCAAGUCACAUGUGUAGGCCUAAAUGCGGCUUUGUUUGGGGUUGGGCACCAAUCUCGGCAUCCCAUUUCAAUUUGUUCCAACUUGACAGUCAUCAAUAAAGUUGAUACAUAUUUGAUGCGCUUUUCUCUCAAAAAUAGCAACAUUUUAUCUCAAACUAGCUAUUGUCCUGCAAAGGUGAUUAAGUUCAUAGUGUUUAGCCAACUAUGAGCUGUUAUAGAUGUUGUUAACAAAAACCACUUGGUUCGAUAGGAUUUUGCCAACACAUAGUAGCUGUUUAAAAGUUUAAAAGGCAACAGCAGCCGGACUCCAAAUCCUGCUUAGCGGUCAAUACUCAUGGUACAUGCUCAUCUCUAUCUCUAGUAUAAGUGUGUCCUUAACAUUUAAGGAAGUGACUACUUGGCAAGCCCGGUUUACCAAACAGUGACUUUUUCUUGUCCUGAAUGGAGAGCCGAACUCAUUAAUAUUAAAGUAAAGUCUCCAGCUCGCCAAACAGGGUAGAUUUUUUACCUGUUUGGCAAGCCCGGCUGGCCGAACAGGGUGGCUUUAUAGUGCUGUUUGGCAAGCGGCUCUCCAAACAGGACAAAAAAAGAUGCCUGUUCGGCGAGCGGCUUGCCAAAUAGACCCGGCCAACAUUUAAUGAGGUUUUUCAACUUUUUUUGUAACGACAGCACCUAUAUAAACUGUAUGCAAACAUGCAUAAUAUCCAGUCUCUAAUUGGCCAAUGUUGGAAAUCCUGAUAGCACUUCAUGGGGCAUCCCCGGGGGGGGGGGGGGGAUCCCUUUCCCAUUAUUUUCACUUGGGCUGAUUUUCAAGAGGGUAUGGGUCAAAUGAUGUCACACUCAAACAGAGCUGACAUCAUAUCUCCUCACAACAACGUACCCAAGUGACAAUCAGUGGCAGCCAUAUUUUCCUGGGACCCUAUUGGCAGACUGUCCAGUCAUAAUAAUAGACGAGGUUCUUCACUGAUAUGACAAUUGCCUCAGGCUUUGUCUUUGUCUCACGAUAUCCAUGACAUAAUGACGUUAACACCUUUAGCCGUUUUCGAGUUGCAGCAGUGAAGUACGACGUCACCCCAACAACCUCUAUGAGACAAAAUACCAUUUUUUGAACUUCACACUUUCGUAGUGUUACCAUUUUGUAAUAGUUUGAAUAUAUUCUACAAGGUCCAAUCCAAAUAAGAAAUCACGAUGUUUCUGCCAGUUGGCAGAUUUCCAUUGAUUCUGACAUUACCAUGGCAACUGUUUCCAUAGAAACACAGGAGAUAGUGCUUUAUAGGUGCUUGGUUGGUGACUUGCAUGAUGAUUUUAUGAUGAAGAUGCUUGAAUGCCACAGAUCAGAAAUAAUUUCCUUUCUUCCAUUGGCAAAUGCUAGAGGUCAAAGAAGGACGCAUAUACAAGAUCAGAAAGAUCCGUUGGUUGUAUGAAUCUUACAGACUCAAGCAUCAUCUUUGACCUGUCAUCCGCCCUUUAGCCUCGGCGAAACAAGACACCUCGAGGACCACCUCUCAUUACAGUCAAACUGCCUACCUCUCACAACUUCUAAGGUCACUUGAGGUCUCAUAAUGAAAGGAACCUAAGGUCUCAGAACAUAAGGUCUUUGUAUUUUACUCUAUUCCACUCUCAGUACAAUACUCAAGUGGCAUAAUUUGCUGCAAAUCCUACAAAACGUUGAUGAAGAUAAGGCUUAUAAUCUGCACACUGCCUCUUACAUGUAUUUACUUGGUGCCUAGAGGAAAAAUCUCUCAAACGACCAAAAGUACCUCAUAUCUGAAUGUUUGAUCCAGAAACGGUCAAAUAUCUUCUAAUUCUGUUGCCAGUUCUAAUAUUCAUGAUGAACAUCGCAUUCUCCCAACGAAUCAUGACCACACUAUGGCAUUUCUUCGCAUACGGUCACCAUGGCAACCGGCUAUUGAUCAACGUGAACAAUAAGCUUAGCGCUGGUUUCCAUGUUGGAGCUGCUGGUGUGUUCGCCGAAAUGUCAAAGGCCAAGCUCGGUUGGCGCGGUAACUAUGACAGCGACGAAAUCUUAGCAGUUUGUGGUGGGCUGGUAUUAAUGGAUUAAUAGAUUAUUGAACCAUUCUUGUGAUGAGAUCAAAUCGCAUUCUGGCUGUCGGUAGAUAAUGAAGAACAAAGGACAAAAUGAAAAAUUUCCAUUCCCAACUAAUUACCAGUGUAUUAAUCCUUGAAUAACCCCAAGAAAUGAGUCUCAUGUUGCUUAGAAUAAGGCCAAUCAUAUAAGAUGCCUUGUUUCUCUGAGUCAUCAGUGAACUUUAGAAGAUAUGUCAAAAUCAAAAUUUCAUUAUCCUGCCCAAAUAAUGGUCAAGAUCUGGCAGAGAUACAACCAAGUGAGGGAUGUCAUUGCUGGCAAUCUAAAUACCAGUCUUGUGGCUUCAUGACACAAUUCAGGCACAAGGAAAUCCAUGGCAUUUUGUCAUUGCGGUCAAAGCUGAGUAUCAAACAUAAUAAUGCCCUGGAACAUCCUCUAGGUACAUAGUUAGAAUGUACCAAAUUUUAAAAGGGGGAUGAAUCAUGAAUUCAACUUUCGUUGGCCUAAAGCUUGUGCACCAUGAACCCAACCCCCCAUCUUCCAUAAGGGAUAAAAACUUUUUGAGUUGGUAAUCCAACCAGUUGACAAGUCACACUGCACAGCUUAGCCAUCGCACAAAUGUUCCCGACACCAACAUGGUUAAAGUUCAAUCGGUAUCCAUGGUAACGCAGAGGCUGGCUCUGCUUAGUGAAGGUAAACUGACAAGAUAUUGUGUAUGUGGGAAAGGGUAAUGCUCGAGAGUCAAGAAGGCGGAGAUAGUAUGGGGAUGGUCGCUCGCAACAUCGGGAUCAGAAUGUCAUUUGCAAUAUGAACAUAAGCUGUCACAACCCUAUUAGGCCUACUUGAAGUCAUCCUCUCAUUGUAAUAUUUCAAACCAGAGGCGGAUCCAGAGUCUUGAGAAAUGAGGGGAGCCAUCCCAGUGGGUGCUUCACGAAAUUUCUUAUCAACUUCAAUUUCUAUCCCUCCCCAGGAUCGGUCAUUGCAAACUGGUUUUUACCAGUAGGGUGAUGUAAAAGAGAAGAAACGUGUUUAAGACAACUCUAAUUGCUGAAUCAAACACAACCGUGGCCCUUAAACUGUGCCUACUAGUCACAUGGACCCCCCAAGCUCCUCCCUCUAGUCCCCUUUCUGAGGUGGCAUAGCUGAAGCUCAAAUUUAGUCCUCAGGUAAUAUGAGACGAAGCUGUCCUGCUCAAAAUCCUGUUUAGGUGAAACUGGAUUCAUCAAAUUUAAUUGAAAUUUUAAUCUGGAAAACACCAUGGCUAUUUUUGGUGGCGCACAGCGACGUACUCAUUAGGGUGUCCAACUCUCAAUCCAAGGGUGAUAAGUUUGUUCCCUCAUGAGGUCGCUGUUUGUCCUACAGGUCACGCCUAAAUGAGUGCCGAGUUGACAGCAGCCACUUGAUACCUGACAGUGUCUCCAUGGUGACUGAUAAUAGUGACAACCGUUGUAGGCAUGGUGUUUUCCUAAUCACUCUCGGCAUAAUGAUGGAGAACAUAGUCUCUCCACAUAGCCAUGGAGGUACAUUGUCUCUCCACAUAAUGAUGGAGAACAUAGUCUCUCCACAUAAUAAGUCUCUCCACAUAAUGAUGGAGAACACAGUCUCUCCUCAUAAUGAUGGAGAACAUAGUCUGUAUCAUAAACGUGGCGGUAUCGAUGUGCAGCUCUCAGUGUCAAAGGUAGAUUAUUAUGAUUAUUAUUAUUACUCGCUUAUCUAUUUUUGCUGAUAAUAAAUUGCAUUGUUCCAUCCUGGAAGUAGUUUUCCAACUUACAGAGGAUCAGGAUCAAGCAGGCCUCUCAACUUAUGGUUGGUUUGUGCAUUGCAGAUUUCCUUGGAAAACUUGCACCAUACGUAGGGUAGUCCAAGGCAGGCCAGCUCAGUAAGUUGAGAUACUUGUAUAAUUCUCAGCAAGUUGAAAAACCGACUCUCGAGAGUGUAUUCUGUUCAAUGGCCUUUAGUGUCCUGGGAUUCGCUGGGCAUUUCAUUGUUUUUGAAUUUUCAUGUAGACUUUGUUGAUAUGUGAAUUGUUAGUCAGUUUAGGUCUUGAUAUGAAAUAUAGGUACUCUGGAAGACCAGCUCUCCAUAUUGCCGAGGUGAGAACACAGUAGACACUCAUGCUGUAACCAGGGUAAUGGAAGGCAGCCAUCUUGAAAAUGGUCGCAUAGCCCAUAAGAACAUGAUUGGUAUGGGUUUCACCUUCAAGAUAUGCAGAUCUAGUUGCCUGGAGUUUAGAAAUUCACUUGGUAAAUAAUGACAGAGUGCAGGGCACUAGAAAAGUAUACCAAAAUGUAAAUAAUUCUGAGUGUAUGUACUGGUACUUGUUUGUCGAAGAUUAUUUACCAAUGGUUGAAGCCCUUCAAGAAUUGGGGUGACACAUCUUGUCCAAAAGUGAUCAGAAAUUACCAAAUCGAUGGAAAGAAAUGAUUUCCGUCAUCCUCGCACACACAUUUUUCGGCCAAUUUUCUCCUCGACAACCAAAACAUUUCGCCGUCACAUCCUCCUUUGUGAUACUGUAAACCAAGAAAUGUUUAUGUUUAUUUUCGCGAAUGCACUUUCAAGCGUGAACAGUGAAUAUGAUAUUUAGUUUACCGCCAAUUGAAAAGGAGCGACUUCACCAGCUUUUAGCUUUGAGAACCUUUCACGGUUUACAGUAUAUCACGUCGGAUAUCUUACUCACCAACUUCUUCAAGGGCAGAAGUAUUUUUCAAUUAUUUCACUUAGAAAUAUUGUUGAUGUGUUGGUUAGUUUAAUCAAAGAUGUUUCUUGAAAUAAAUUUUAGUUUAAAAAGAA